UAUUCCAAGAUGGAGGACAGAAUUGGAUAGAAAAAUUCUUCCCGGAUCAAGAAUCUCCAACUCCAGCUCUCGUAUCAUUCAUUUCCAAUUUUUUAAAACACUGAAAAUGCCUGGAAAAGUGAAAGUGAGGAUUGUGUCUGCAAGGGAUUUACCUGUUAUGGAUCGUACUAGUGACCUUGCAGACGCGUUUGUUGAGGUGCGUCUUGGAAAUAUGAUGUACAAAACUGAUGUGUGUAAAAAAACUCUAAAUCCUCAAUGGGAUUCUGAAUGGUUCAGAUUUGAGGUYGAUGAUGAAGAGCUCCAAGAUGAACCACUUCAAAUAAGAAUAAUGGAUUAUGAUACAGUCACUGCUCAUGAUGCGAUAGGGAAGGUCAAUAUUAGCCUAAGUUCUUUGCUAACACAGGACCCUCCUGGGUCAAUAUCAGGGUGGUUCCCCAUUUAUGAUACCAUGCAUGGAAUAAGAGGUGAAUUGCUGGUUAUGGUGAAGUUGGACUUCUUUGUUGACUCAAACAAGUUCAGGCACACAUCAUGUGGAGUUCAGUUUUUCUACACUUGCUGUAUUCCUUAUGGAUUCAAAGCGACUGCCAUUCAAGGAUUUGUGGAAGAACUUGUUGUCAAUGAUGAUCCAGAGUACCAGUGGAUUGACAAGAUUAGAACACCUCGAUCCUCAAACGAAGCACGACAAAGGAUCUUUACAAAACUCUCUGGAGAACUACAGAGAAAAAUUGGACUGAAAGUAUUGGAACUCGGAGGCAAUGCUGUAGUUGGCUACCGACAGUGCUUUGAUCUGGAAGGUGAAUAUGGUAUUGUUGUUAGAGGGAUUGGGACUGCUGUUACUUUGGCAUGGUUACCAAGCUCCGCUCCGUCCACUCCUCGUCUUUUGAGCUCAUCAGUGGAACUGAUCUCUGCAGGACCUAUUGGCGAGACUGGGUUUACGUUUCCUGAAGUGGUCAGAACGAACGUUGCGAGGGCAAGACAACAUAAGUCUUCAAGUGAGUCAGAACCAGAGUUGACCAACACUCCACCAAAGGAUGGUCUUACCGUGCAGUGUGUAUUAGCCAGUGGACUGGAGGGGAGUGGUGCUAGCUCUGGUUGUACUACGCCUUACAGCAUAGCAAAGGGUGUUUGGCAGAUAACCACACAAAAACAGAAGAACAUUGAGCACAUGGAUCUCCCUUUUUUUACCAUCACUCGUUUCCCGCCUAAAUUUCUACGUCAUUUGGGAGGCGUUGUGUCUGCAAGAUCUGUGAAACUUCUUGACAAGAUCAACCACYCAGAUGAGCCUGAAACUAGAGACGCCUGGUGGCUAGAAGUAAGAACUGAAAUCCGUAGUCACGCAAGAUCAAUGGGAUGUAACGCUGUCGUCGGAUACUAUGAGUCGACCAGCAUAUGCGAGGAAUUAAUAGUUUUAUCAGCUACUGGUACUGCUGCUUGUAUUGACUCUAAUUUAUUCGAACUACCAUCAGCUACUGCAGGAUUACUCGCCACUAAACCGAUCAUAGGAUUACCGUCCAGUACCCAAACACCCACUGAUGUAGACCAGGCAUUAACAGUACAGACCAACUAUGAAAGUCCUGUAACUGAAGGCAUUUCACCCGUAGAAGAUUUAACGUCCACCUCCCCUCCCCCGACGGGAUGCUCGUUAUGUCACAUUCCUUACUCUGACACAGAUUUACCGUUUCCYAUCACACUAGCAAAAUGCCAUGUCUGUAGGUUUCAUAAAGUACCGGAUCUUUUAUUUUGCACAAUAGAUCCUCCAAUAGAAACAUCUAUAACAGGAAAAGGUUGUUUAAUACAAGCAAGAGUGUGCAGAACAAAGAAGAAAGAGAAAGGCGAAACUAAUGCAGAGAUCGUUAGCAAUAUAUUGCCAUUCUUGGAAUACGAACUCCAUCAACAGCUGAUGAACAAACUCAAGGUUAAAGGGAUGAAUGCCUUAUUCGGGAUUCACUUACAGAUUUGUGUAGGGGAAACAAUGAUAAUUGGAAUUGCUUCUGCCACGGCCGUGUUCCUGUCUGCCUUACCUCCGCCGCCAUUACUGAAAAUCUCUGGAAAGAGAACCUCAACAGAUGAAGACAAACGUUUGACGGAAAUACAGAAACAGAUCAUAGAAACCACCAAUAAAAACAGACUGAGAUUCAAAAUAUCCGAGUCAUUAGAACUCACCCCUCCUCCAAGCCCGUCUCAGAUAGAGGCCAUGAAUUCUGGUGAACACGAGGAGGAGGGUCGUGCAAGUCUUGACUUUGUAACUGGAGGAAAAGAUGCUUUUGUCGUUGAGGUCGACGAUAAAAAAGACGAAGAUAUCAUUACAGUUUUACUCGAUCCCCCGACACCUGAAGGUUUCUAUUGUUGCAACACUGAGACUUUGCCUGGAGUCACUCGAGUUCAGUCUGGUGUUAAGAUGAUAACCGCUGUGCAGAGACAUGAAAUCAGUGACGAAGACAUAAGAACCAAUCAACAGUUUGCGAAGAUGUUUGAUGAUACCAUGAAGAGCUUCUGGUUCAAACUUCGUCACUUUAACCCGUGUAGUUUGACAAACGUUCGCUUCGACGUUGAAAUACCUGAAGACGAUAACAUACAGUUCGCUGUUUCAGGGGUGGUAGUUGGUAUGGAAGAAAAUGUCGAAGAACGAAAAGAAAUCAGAAGGGAAACUCUUGUGAAGGAUAGAAAUUCAGCAUCAAAGAAGACAAGUUCUGAAGAUCUUCUUUUUCCAAUCGAAGAAUUUGAAGAUACAAAAUCUCAACCGAGAAAGACCUCGCCAGCAUCAAAGCAGCCAGUACUAGCGUUAGAAAACAAGUUGACCAUCCCAAAGGUUCCACCAGCGCACCGCCCUGCCGUAGAAGUCACUCCCAUGUCUUAUUUACCUAAUGCACAAAUAGAGCGUUACCUCGGCAAUGUCAACCUCUUCUUCAUACGAGAAAGUYUGUCCAUUAGAGAGGACGGAGGACUAAAUGUCUUCAUGCAAGUGUUUUUAGCGGAGGCCCAGGCCAUUCUCAGGGCACACGUCCAGGCUCUGGGAGGGAACGCUCUUGUGUCGUAUCAGUUGAAUGAAAUAGUCUUAUUAGACAAUCCACACAAACACCAGGGCCAAUGUCUCCUGAAUGUCAGUGGAGAUGCUGUAGAAGUAUUCUACGAUGAAGAAAGUAAACUGGCCGACAGUUUUGGCCGUACGUCCCCGAGAAAAUGUCGAACGACUUCUGUCACGGAAUCCAUUCCACAUUCACCUAUUAAACUGCACCGACAAAGAUCUGCUACAGAGGGUUAUUGUGCAGGAAAUAUAACUUUAUGAACAUUCUUAUGGAACUGAGAUAUGAAUUUUAAAAAAUCAUACGAGAUUAAGUAAGUUAACCAUUGAACAGGAACCGCCCCUUUAAAAUCAAAUAUUUUAAACAAAAUUGAAACUUGUUUAACACAAGCUAUUGUUGCUUUAACUUCGUAUUCCAAAUGCUGCCUUGGAACAGUUUGCUGACAACAGCUUUUUCUCCACUUGGUUUUAUUUUUAUAGUUUAGGCAGUUCGCGCGCUCUGAUUGGUCGAGACCUGUGCUGUAUAGGUGAAGGUGCGCAGUUAGUGACAACGCCCGUGUGCGCUCAUCCAACUUUGCAAAGAGGUGUAGUAAAACAUAUAAUAUGUAUAUCAUUAAAAAAARUUUUUAAAAACUUU